UGGUGGGACAAUUCAACGGUUAUUUAUCCGUAAGUUUUCCUGGAGGAAUUGGGAAAUUUUGGAGAGUUACUGUCUUUAUGUAUCAUCUUUUGUAGCACAUAAAUCAUAAUAAAUAAUCUAGGUUUUAUCAGAAAAUUUUAUGAUGGAAAUUUUCACCCCGAGAUUAACGACUAAGUAUUUUUUGGAUAAUGAUGAUAUCACUGGUGAUGAAUGUCGUACUUGUUUGAAAAAAACAACAGAUAUCUGGCAGGUAUUUCAAUCUGAUGCAGAAAUAUCCUCGAGGAUUAUGGCUUGUGCCGCUGUUCAGGUACAAGAAGGCGAUGGACUUCCCCACGUCAUAUGUUACUCCUGUCGAGAAUUGCUGGACGUCUCCUACAACUUCAAAUGUCAAGUUGAACAAUCAGACGCUAAAUUUCGUGAAGCAUUGAAGAUGCAACAGUCAAUGUUGCAGAGUGAUGCAGUUCCUCAAACAGUUACCAAAGUAAUAACUGAGACGAUAACAGAUGAGAUUUCCAAUAGACAAAUGGAGGGUAUCAGCCACGAGAGUGAGAGUAUCGAGGUAUAUCAGACAGAGGAGUAUCUUCACGAAGAAAAUGAGGAUGUUGAUGAUGAUGAUGGGGAGGAGGUUCCAGUUGUGUUUGGUGGAGCCACAGGUGGAAGUACUAACGAUAAAAAAAUGGAUUUGGAUAUUUCACCGUAUGUGGACGCCAAUGAAAUUUUUAGACAUGAAGAAACGUUCGAGAAAUCAGGGAGGAACGACCUCAAGGCUGAGGCAAUUAACAGGGAGGGGGUUGAUUGCCAAAAUCAUCAGGGGGAUAAGGCGUUGGAUGAACGAAGUGGGAAAGAAAAACCGUUUUAUCUGAUGCUGGAAGACAAAAGUGUUUGUGAAAGUCAUUGUGGAGACGAGGAAAUUGAUGUUAAGGAGGAAGUACUUGUUAAUUGUCAUCAGGAGAAGGAAUUCUGUAAUAAAACGUGUGAUGAAUUGUCAGGAAUGAGUAUUCAAGUCACUGAGAAUAAAACAAACUAUCGAUAUGUUUGUUACAUGUGUGAAAAACAAUUUGUUAGCGUUGAAAAAUUGAAGAGUCAUGUGGCUGACAGUCACAAUUCCCUGGAGAAUCCAGAGAAAAAUGAUGAAGAGGUCGAUCCUGGAGAGACUAUCACCCGGGACGAGACUGAAAUUUGUGAAGAUGAUGUUUCUGGUACAGUGAGAAAGAAAAAGAGUAAAUUCUCCUGCAAAUAUUGUCCCAAAAAGUUUACGUACGAAAAGUCCUUCUCAACUCAUGCAAAACGACAUCCAGAGUACAAAAAAAUGGAAAAAAAUGGCGAGGGCGAGGAGAAAUGUGAUGAACGACGGUUUCAGAAUGAUUCUGAUGACGAUGAGAUGCCACUGGAGGGUCUCCAGUGCACCCAGUGUGGAAAACUAUUUGCCACGAAGAGAAAUCUCAAGAGACACAUCUCCACUCACAGCGGUUUAAAAUUCAACUGUCCAACUUGUCAAAAAGAAUUUUCACGAGCUGAUAAACUGAAGGAACACGAGCAGUCUAAACACAGAAAUGAGUUCUUCUCCAUGUCAGACGAGAAUAAUGACAGUGACAGUGAAAAUGACAGCGAAAACAAGCGAGACUACAAUUCCGAAGGUCGAAAGAAGGAUAAAAACCAAAAGCCACAUCAGUGCCCAAUCUGCCCCAGGACUUUCGCACACAGUCAGACAUUGACAAAUCACGUGGAACGUCACAAAAGAAUAAAACAACCACAGAAACGUUUUCUCUGUGAAGUUUGCAGCAAAUGUUUUGCCCAAAGUGGUUCACUAGUUGCUCAUAUGCGUACACACACUGGUGUAAAACCAUACGUAUGUAAUGUUUGUAGUCGUGCAUUUACAAAGAGUACAUAUUUACAAUUACAUUUGCGAACACACAGUGGUGAAAAGCCUUACAUAUGUCAAUACUGCAGUCGUGCAUUUGCAAGAGCAAAUACUCUAGCAAGACACAUAACAAUGCACACUGGUGAGGCUAAAUAUCACUGUCAAAUAUGCAUGAAGUCAUUCAGACGUUUGACAUCCCUCAACGAACAUACCUACACACACACAGGACAACGACCCUACGCCUGUAAAAUAUGUACCAAAAGGUACAACAAUGCUGGCUCACUCUAUGCCCACACCAAGAAGUGUAAAGCCCAGCAAUUGUCGUCUAAUUCGACGAUUAAUUAUCCAGUUUCCCUUGAAGCCAGCAAUCCAGAUGAUCCAUCUGUCUCCAUGAACUGUCCACCCUCAUCAAUACUAAUUUAUACUGAUAAAAAAUGUGAUUCAGAAGCACCAGCUGAUGCUGAACAACCGAUACCAGAAUUUAUUCUUCCGAAUGUUCAACCAGAAAAAUCAUUGUCACCGAAUAUCAUUCAAUCAGCAUCGACACACGAUCCUAAUUAUUAUUCUGUUAAUACAAAAACAUUUAAAAAUUUUUAUUACACAACGUAUCCAAGUUUAUAAAUUGCCAAAUUUAUAAUGAUGGACAGGAAGUUAUUUAUUAGAGGAAGAACGAGAUUCGUCUUUGCAAUAAAUUAUGUAUGAAUUAUUCAUGUGAAAGACUUCCAGACACAAAAUUCCAGAUGACUGUAAUUAUUUAACGAAUAACAGUAAUUGUUUAUUGUUUUUCUCUUGGGGAGUCUUACCCUUUUGAAGAAGGGAUGUAGAUUAAGAGAAUAAUUAUUUUUUAAAGUAUAUUGUAUUUUAUAAUAAAGAUUUUUGUAAAUUUUUCGCUA